AUGAAAAUUACAGAGAACUUCAAGGGACUGGUCAAAGCCUUUAAAAUAAAAUUAUCAGAUACCCUUGUGCAAGGACUCAUGACCGCGUUCGCCGGGCCGAAUAAAAAAGUUGACCAGACUGCUAUGAAGGCAACCUUUCUUCAGCAGUACCCUGAUACAACUCCUCCUCCACCUCCAGUAGUAAAAAAAAAUAAAUCGAAGGAUAAAAAGUCGGACAGCAAAAAACCGAAGGAAAGGAACGAUAAUAACGUCCAAAAGCAAUCUAAGGAAAAAACUAAAAAAGGUAAGCGAAAAGGCCUGAAGGUAGUGAAAAUAGCAGAAUCUAAUUCCAAUACGGAAGAAGAGUCGGACGAGUUAGAAAACGAGGAUGAACCUGAAAACUGA